AUGUCUGCUGCUAAUCUCACGCAUACCCUGCCCACCACCAGAGAGCUUUGCUUCGACCAGUCGCUACCGGAUGCUCCUCUGACUGGGUACGCCAAGUCUGGUUCUGCAGCAGUGAACACCCCGUUCGGCGGAAAGCUUCUGUGGGUCGGGAACGCGACUUGCAUUAUCGAGUUCAAUGGCAUCCGUUUCAUGACGGACCCAAACUUUUUGCAUCAAGGCGAUCACGUUCACCUUGCGCCAGGAGUGACCGCCGAACGCAUCAAAGACCCUGCCUUUGACUACAAGAACUGCCCGGCCGUUGAUUUCAUUCUCCUCAGUCAUCUGCACGAAGAUCACUUCGACAACCUCGUCGCAGAGCACAUCCGCAGGUCGCUCCCGAUCAUCUCCACCUCGCAUGCGUGCGCAACCCUUCAAGAGCGCGGCCAUACUGUGCUGUACCCGCUCGACACCUGGCAGAGCGUGCGCAUCACCAAGGGCACCGAUGAGCUUACGAUCACGAGCAUGCCCGGAAAGCAUACGCUUGGUACGAUUGAAGCCGUGGACUCAGUACUCCACAUGAUCCCGCCCGUGAUGGGCAGUUUAGUCGUAUUCAAGAAGUCGGGAGGGGAGCAAGAUUAUAAUCUGUACAUCUCGGGCGAUACACUCUACUACGACGAGCUUCAGGAAAUUCAUCAGAAGUAUCCGCACAUCAAUUUAGCGUUGGUUCACCUUGGCGGCACGACCGUUCCUGUCAUACAAGUCAUGGUUACGAUGGACGCCUCCCACGGAAUCAAGUUGAUCUGUGCAUUGCAGCCUGACCAAGUCAUUCCGAUUCACUUCGACGACUACGAUGCCUUUAAGUCCCCGCUGUCGGACUUUGUCAAAGAGGUAGAGAAGGCCGGUUGGACUGACCGAGUGAUCUACCUCAACCGUGGUGAAGAAUUUGCUUUCUAA